UCCACUUCUUCCUCCUGCACACGCGUUGCAAAGCGAGCCUCUCGGCGACUCCCGAGGUCUAAGUAGCAUGCAUAUCCUCUCCUUCCCCCUCCCCCCUGUCACACUCUAUUCCCGCUCGGUCCCUGUCCAUCUAUAGCAUCCCCAGAAAGUGCACUGACGGGAAGCGCUCGUCACAAAGAACGCCACCCGAGCCAUGGCCGCCGGUCUCUCCGGCGCCGCUAUGACCAGCUUCGUUGCCAAGAACCCGCUGCUCGCAGCCGCGGCGCGCCGCAGGGUGCCUCCCCUCGCCGGGCGCGCCCUGACGUUCUCGCCGUUCACCAGCAGGACCCCGCUCCGCCGCGGGCUCGAGACAGUCACGUGCUUCGUGCCGCAGGACACGGAGCACCCGACGGCUCCGUCGUCGGCCCCGGUGUCGGUGCCUUCGGCGGCGCUGGAGGAGGAGGCGAGGGCCGUCGCGGCGCGGCGCAUCGCGGAGAGGAAGGCGCGGAAGCAGUCCGAGAGGAGGACGUACCUGGUGGCCGCCGUGAUGUCCAGCCUUGGGGUCACGUCCAUGGCCGUCGCCGCCGUGUACUACCGCUUCAGCUGGCAAAUGGAGGGCGGCGAGGUGCCGGUGACCGAGAUGUUCGGCACGUUUGCGCUCUCCGUCGGCGCGGCGGUCGGGAUGGAGUUCUGGGCGCGGUGGGCGCACCGGGCGCUUUGGCACGCCUCCCUGUGGCACAUGCACGAGUCGCACCACCGGCCGCGCGAGGGCCCCUUCGAGCUCAACGACGUGUUCGCCAUCAUCAACGCCGUGCCGGCCAUCUGCCUCCUCGCCUACGGCUUCUUCCACCGCGGCCUCGUCCCCGGCCUCUGCUUCGGUGCGGGCCUCGGGAUUACGCUGUUCGGCAUGGCCUACAUGUUCGUCCACGACGGCCUGGUCCACCGCCGCUUCCCAGUUGGUCCCAUCGUCGACGUGCCCUACUUCCGGCGAGUGGCUGCCGCUCACAAGAUACACCACAUGGACAAGUAUGAGGGCGUGCCAUAUGGGCUGUUCCUGGGACCAAAGGAGCUGGAGGAGGUUGGUGGCCUGGAGGAGCUGGAGAAGGAGCUCGCGCGAAUCAGCCGGAGUAUUUGAUUUCGACGGCGGCAUGGAGCCAGCGCAGCCCCGCUAGUUCCAAGAUUUUUGUUUUUGGUCGCUUUGUUGAUUCGAUUGUCGUUCAGUGCCAUGAAUAUUUUUUUUUUUUGGCCUUUGUCACCUCCACAUCAUUGUGGAGACGUCGCGCGUUCUGGUCCACCGGUCUUGUUCUUAUGGCUACGAUGGUGUGUAUAGCAUGUAGAGAAUGUUAUGAACCAACUUCAAUGAAACUAAAUCCAGUGGUUGGAAACAGUGCUGAAAAUUCAGAAGUUCCCUGCUUUUUCAA